AUGCUCGCAGUUUCUAUGAGAGAUUGCCUAUUCAAUUACGAUGUUUCUAAAGAUGAAUUCAGUGCAUUACAGCUUGCGAUACCAACUUAUGUGGAUGAACUCAAAGAUUACGCUGUAAAAACGAUGACAACAAAACAAACGAUCAAAGGCCUUGUAGAUAUCGAACUUCCGCCGUCACUUAACAUGAAAGGAUACCUUUGGAAGCGCAGCAGUGGCUUUGGAAGGAUCUGGCAUUCGAGAUUUAUCACAAUAAAAGAUCAAAAGUUUUCUUAUUACAAAACUGAUGGCCUUGAUUACGAAAUGCGAGGAAGCAUAGACUUGCUUACAACAUCAGUUAAGAAGGAUAAAGAUAACGGAAGGCCAAAUGUUUUCAGAGUCACUUCACCUCAACAUACAUGGAUUUUCCAGUGCACAGAUGAAAAGGAACUCGACCGCUGGAUGUCAACAAUACAAAAUAACGUGACUUACAGCAUUGAUCACCAAGAUUCGAACCCGACCCAAGAAACAGAGCAUCAAGACAAGACAUGCUGCGACUGCGGAGCAGAACAUCCUACAUGGUGCUCAAUAAACACUGGAGGAUCAAUCUGUAUCCAUUGUUCUGGAAUUCAUCGUUCAUUAGGUGUCAUUUUUUCAAAAGUACGAUCAUUAACUCUUGACCGGUUAGAUGAUGAUUUGCUUGCCAUGGUACAUAAAAUCGGUAACGACAAGUUGAAUUCGAUCUUGUGUUCAGCGCGCAAGCCUCCAGAGAAAAUGGACAGAGAUAAACUGAUUCGAGCUAAAUAUGUUGACUUAGAGUUCGCAAAGAAGUGCAAAGAAGACAUAUUUGAGGCAAUAGAAACAAAGAACUUCGAUUUGGUCUUGAAAUGCGUUCUCACUGGACAAUUAAGAUCUCCUGCCAACAGAAUUAAGUUUUCUGAGCAUUUCAAAGGCAAAACAAACAUCACAGAUCCUUCUGUAUUAGAUUCGAUCCAGCCUAUCCAUAUGGCAGCAGCUGUUGGAGACGUCUCAAUUUUAUUAUUGGUCGGAUUGAACACAGAAGACUUAAAUGUCUUGGAUGCUGGAAAAUGGGGUGCGGUGAGCUAUGCUGCGUAUUAUAAAAGAUUCGAAUGCGGAAGAUCUCUGCUCAAAAUCGGAGCAGACCCUUCAAAGAUUCCUCUCGAGGGAAGCCCUUAUCACAUCUCUGUUAUCAACGAAGAUAUGCAGAUGGGUGCAAUGUUUAUCCCUUAUUGGAGAGGAGAAGUCACAAAUCCAACAAUUAUUCAUCCAAUGAUUGAUUUGGUUCCAAAAUAA